GUUGAUGGACGAGUGCGCCCGAUGCUGGAGAGCGAGCGAGGGAAGGCAGGAGGUGUCGGUGCGGUGCCGCCGCCACCGUUGCUGCCCGCAGUUUCAGGGGAAGGCGCGAGAGGAGCCGCGGUCCUCGGCCCGCCGCGGGGCGUCUGCGUCAGGGGGGAGCCCUUCGUCGGCCGGAGGCGGCCCAGCGGGCGCGCGGCGCUGCGACCACCACCCUCAUCAUGUGCGGCGGCGGGGCAGCCCCUCGCUAGGCAGUCCCGCGGCUCCGGGCGGCGAGCGGCAGCAGCAGCAGCAGCAGCAGCAUGGCUCCGAAGAAGCGAGCGGCGCCGGGCGGCGGGUGGCUGCGGGCGGGCGCCUGCCUGCUGGCCUGGGCGGCCUUUUGCCGCGUCCGGGCCGGCGCCUGUCCCGCGCCUUGCGCUUGCAGCGGCACCACGGUGGACUGUCACGGGCUGGGGCUCCGCAGCGUCCCCAAGAACCUCCCGAGGAGCGCUGAGAGGCUGGAGCUGAAUGGGAACAACAUCACCCGCAUCAACAAGAAUGACUUUUCUGGGCUCAAGCAGCUGAGAGUUCUGCAGCUGAUGGAAAACCAUAUCAGUGUGGUGGAGCGAGGGGUGUUCGAUGACAUGAAAGAGCUGGAGCGACUGCGCCUGAAUCGGAACCAGCUGCACACUUUGCCAGAGCUCCUGUUCCAGAAUAACCAAGCCUUGUCACGGCUAGACCUGAGUGAGAAUCUCCUCCAGGCUGUUCCCAGGAAGGCGUUUCGUGGAGCAACCGACCUUAAAAAUCUGCAAUUGGACAAAAAUCAUAUCAGUUGCAUUGAAGAAGGCGCCUUUCGUGCUCUUCGUGGCCUGGAAGUUUUGACUUUGAACAACAACAACAUUAGCACCAUCCCCAUCUCCAGUUUCAACCAUAUGCCUAAACUCCGCACCUUCCGUUUGCACUCCAACCAUCUGUUCUGCGACUGCCACUUGGGCUGGCUCUCCCAAUGGCUGCGUCAGCGCCCUACCAUCGGGCUGUUCACACAGUGUGCUGGUCCAGCUUCUCUGCGUGGUCUGAAUGUUGCAGAAAUCCAGAAGAAUGAAUUCAGCUGCUCAGGCCAGCAUGAUGCAACAAGAGUCCAAAUCUGCAGUUUUUCUUCUGGGUCCUGCCCUGCCAUGUGUUCCUGCAGUAAUGGCAUUGUGGACUGCCGUGGCAAGGGGCUGACAGCCAUCCCAGCCAAUUUGCCUGAGACCAUGACAGAAAUACGCUUGGAGUUGAACGGCAUCAAGUCUAUCCCUCCUGGAGCCUUCUCAUCGUACAAGAAGCUUCGUAGAAUAGACCUGAGCAACAACCAGAUCUCAGAGAUAGCACCUGAUGCCUUCCAAGGUCUGCGGUCACUCAACUCUCUAGUCUUAUAUGGGAACAAGAUUGCUGAGCUGCCCAAAGGAGUGUUCGGGGGACUGUAUGCACUGCAGUUACUGCUCCUGAAUGCCAACAAGAUUAACUGCAUCCGGGCAGACGCCUUUGCUGAUCUGCAGAACCUGUCACUGCUUUCACUCUAUGACAACAAGAUCCAGACCUUGGCUAAGGGCACCUUUUCCACCUUGCGUGCCAUUCAGACACUACAUCUAGCCCAGAACCCUUUUAUCUGCGACUGCAACUUGAAGUGGCUGGCGGACUUCUUGAGGGCCAAUCCUAUUGAGACAAGCGGUGCUCGCUGUGCCAGCCCCCGCCGCUUGGCCAACAAACGCAUUGGACAGAUCAAGAGCAAGAAGUUCCGCUGCUCACCCAAAGAGCAGUAUUACAUUCCAGGUACAGAAGAUUACCAGUUGAACAGUGAAUGCCACAGUGAUGUGGUCUGCCCUCCCAAGUGCCGCUGUGAAGCCAAUGUGGUGGAAUGUUCCAAUCUGAAACUGACGAAGAUCCCAGAGCGCCUGCCACAGGCCACAGCUGAGUUGCGUCUAAAUAAUAAUGAGAUCACAGUGCUGGAAGCUACAGGCAUCUUCAAGAAACUCCCACACCUAAAGAAAAUAAACCUGAGCGGCAACAAGGUAUCAGAGAUUGAGGAUGGGGCUUUUGAGGGGGCAUCCUCAGUCAGUGAGUUGCACUUGACUGCUAACCAGCUGGAGUCAGUGCGCAGUGGCAUGUUCCGGGGCCUUGAUGGGCUGAGGACAUUAAUGUUAAGGAACAACCGCAUCAACUGCAUCCACAAUGACAGCUUCACAGGGCUGCGCAAUGUGCGCCUUCUCUCUUUGUAUGACAACCAGAUCAGCAUCAUUGCACCUGGGGCUUUUGACACGUUGCAGUCACUCUCCACUCUGAACCUGCUGGCUAACCCCUUCAAUUGCAAUUGCCGCCUGGCCUGGCUAGGUGACUGGCUUCGCAGGAGGAAGAUUGUGACAGGGAACCCACGCUGCCAUAAUCCAGACUUCCUUCGUCAAAUCCCACUGCAGGAUGUGGCCUUCCCUGACUUCAGGUGUGAGGAAGGUCAGGAGGAGACAAGCUGUUUCCCACGCCCUCAGUGCCCCCAGGAGUGUACCUGCCUAGACACUGUCGUUCGUUGCAGCAACAAGCACCUGAAAUCCCUCCCCAAGGGGAUCCCCAAGAACGUCACAGAGCUCUAUUUGGAUGGCAAUCAAUUCACUCUGGUCCCAGGGCAGCUCUCCACUUUCCGUUACCUUCAGCUGGUGGACUUGAGCAACAACAAGAUCAGCUCCCUCAGCAACUCAUCCUUCACCAAUAUGAGCCAGCUUACCACCCUGAUCCUCAGCUACAACGCGCUCCAGUGCAUCCCCCCACUGGCCUUUGAAGGUCUCCGUUCUCUACGACUGCUGUCCCUCCAUGGAAAUGAUAUCUCGACACUGCCAGAGGGGAUAUUUGCUGAUGUCAUCUCCCUGUCUCACCUAGCCAUUGGUGCCAACCCACUGUACUGUGAUUGCCACAUGCGCUGGCUCUCAGGCUGGGUCAAAACUGGCUACAAAGAGCCUGGCAUCGCCCGUUGUGCUGGCCCUGCUGAUAUAGAGGGCAAGCUGCUCCUCACCACUCCAGCCAAAAAGUUCGAGUGCCAAGGCCCUCUUCCCCUGAGCAUCCAGGCCAAGUGUAACCCUUGCCUCUCCAGCCCCUGCCAAAACAAGGGCACCUGUCACCAAGACCCUCUGGGUUCUUACCGCUGUACCUGCUCCAGUGGCUACAAGGGCCACAACUGUGAACUCUCUCUAAAUGGUUGCUCCAGUAGCCCCUGUGAGAACGGAGGGACUUGUCUGUCUCAUGAAGAGGAUGAAGACAGUUUCAUGUGCUCCUGCGUGGAUGGAUUUGAGGGACCAACUUGCAGUCUGAAGAUCAACCAUUGUGACAAUAACCGCUGCAAGAAUAGUGGCACCUGCGUCAAUGGCUCCACCAGUUAUUCAUGCUUGUGUCUUCCCUUCUAUACAGGAACUUAUUGCGAGCAGCACAUGGAUGUUUGUUCUCCGGAGCUCAACCCCUGCCAACAUGAUGCCAAAUGCAGGGUUUCCCCUGAUGGGCCCAAGUGUGAGUGCAUGCCUGGCUAUGUGGGAGAUAACUGCAGUGUGAACUAUGAUGAUUGUCUGGACCACCAGUGUCAGAACAAUGCACAGUGUCUUGAUGAACCAAACGGGUACUCCUGUUUAUGCACUGGAGGUUACAGUGGCCAGCUUUGUGAAAUCCCACCCCAUGGCUCCCUUCAACCAAGCCCUUGUGAGAGAGCAGAAUGCCAGAACGGAGCCAACUGUGUGGAGCUGGGCAGUCGUGCCUUGUGCCAGUGCCUGCCUGGCUUUGGAGGUCCCAAAUGUGAGAAACUUCUGAGUGUCAACUUUAUAGACAGGGACACAUACCUCCAAUUCACUGACCUGCAAAACUGGCCCAGUGCUAACAUCACUCUGCAGGUCUCUACAGAUGAAGACAAUGGGAUCCUCUUAUAUAACGGGGACACUGACCACAUGGCAGUCGAACUGUAUCAAGGCCAUGUGCGUGUCAGCUAUGACCCAGGCUCCUACCCCAGCUCUGCCAUUUACAGUGCAGAGACCAUCAAUGAUGGGCAGUUCCAUACAGUGGAACUUGUGACGUUUGAGCGAAUGGUGAACCUCUCCAUUGAUGGCGGUGACCCCAUGACCAUGGAUGGCUUUGGCAAGGCCCAUACUCUGAACUCUGAGGCUCCACUCUACGUAGGGGGGAUGCCUGUGGAUGUCAACUCUGCUGCCUUCCGCCUGUGGCAGCUCCUGAAUGGCUCAAGCUUCCACGGCUGCAUCCGCAACCUGUACAUCAAUAAUGAACUUCAGGACUUUACCAAGACCCAGAUGAAGCCAGGAGUGGUGCCUGGCUGCGAGCCUUGCCGCAAGCUCUAUUGCCUGCAUGGCAUUUGCCAACCCAACACUGCUCACGGCCCCAUUUGCCACUGUGACCCAGGCUGGGUUGGGCCCCACUGUGACCAGUCGAUUAGCAACCCCUGCCAGGAGCACAAAUGCGUACAUGGAAUUUGUGUUCCCCUUGAUGCACGCUCCUACAGCUGCCAGUGCCAAGAUGGCUACAAGGGAGGUUUAUGUAACCAGCAAGGGGAACUGCACAACCCAUGCAAAGAUUUGCAGUGUGUCCAUGGUCAGUGCCAGAUCUCGGAUACAGAGGACGCCUACUGUGAAUGCAAUGCGGGAUUUGAUGGUGACCUCUGCGACCAAGAGUCGGAGUGCCGAGGUGAAGCUGUGCGUGAUUUCCACCAGGUCCAGCGGGGCUAUGCCAUCUGCCAGACAACUCGACCUGUGUCCUGGGUGGAGUGUCGGGGAUCAUGCCCAGGCGCAGGCUGCUGUGCAGGAUUGCGUCUGAAGCGCAGGAAAUACACGUUUGAGUGCAGUGAUGGCUCUUCCUUUGUGGAGGAGGUGGAAAAACCGAGCAAAUGUGGCUGUUCUCAAUGCAUGUAGCCUCCAGCAAAGGACAGGCCACAGACUAGUGGGCCAGGCCUGCCCUAUCGGACGCCUUGGGAACUUUUUUAUGAUCCCCUCUUGCCCCAGUUGCUUUGUAGGAGAUGGGUGGGCUAGGACACUCCGUUGGGCAACUGGGCAGUUCCUUUGACUUGGCAAGAGGUGCUCAUCCGGAUGGACCAGAUAAAGAUGUAGAUAGAAGAUUUCUUCUGGCCAGUCCAGCACAACAGAUGUAUUUAAACCCAGCACAGAUACUGUCUGAAGGUUGCUCCUUGUGCGCAGUAUGGAUUCUUAUCAAUCCUGAUCAUGCCUAUUUGUUUUACCUAGUGUGCUGUCCUGAGAGGUGAUGCUUUUGGCUCAUGCCUAUUUGCAGGAUCCUGCCAUAACAUAUCUAGUCAUUUUACCUGGUGUCUGAGCCUAUUGACCUACACCGUGCCUGCUUUCUUUGGCCGGGACGGGGGGGGGGGGGUACAGCUCUACUUCUUAAUCUCUCCAUUUUUCUUUUUCCGCCCUCUCAUUGCAAACUCAUUGUUCAUGGAGCUGACCAGCAACACAGAGGCAGCAGUCAAGAAAAGGGGCACAAAUGACCUGUGAUUCAGGACUGGAGAAAAGAGAUAAAAUGUUUUAGAAGGGAAGAGAUUGCAUGAAUAGGUGCCUCCUACAAUCCAUUGUUUACAAGGUAGUGAUUAAAAGAAAUCACUUUAACCUCAUGAUCCUAUGUUCAAAUAUUCCUUCAAUUGUUCAUAAAAAGCAUAGCAUAAACCAGGCUGUUUAAGCCACUGUUGUUAUCAACAAUAUAGUGAUUUGCCUGUCACUUCAAUCAUGUUACCUGGAAGUAAGCCCUAUUCAAUAGGGGGAUGUUCAAAUGUUAAAAUGAAUAGCAUCUGGUUGCACAAAAGCUGGAUAACCAUUGUCUAAUCUUUUUCCAUUGUAGGUCUGCUGGAUGGCACUGGGAGGCUGUUCCCAGUUGCAUGCCCAUAGCUAGCUGUAAAUCCUUUAGUUUUCUUGGUAUGGAUACAAUUAGAAAGACAGAACUAAGUCUCAUUGGUUUAGCAUCUGCCCCCUCCCCACAAUGGUCCCAUGUCCAAAUGCCGGUUGUUUUCUGAUCUGGAUAUUGGGGGUGGUCUGAAUUCCGCAAGCUGUCAACUCUAUGAUAACUUCGACCUCCAUCAUGUUUACCUUCACUUGCCUUUUGGAGAAACAUGCAUCUCAUGCACUCAAUUUAUAACAAUAUUUCUGUUUGCAAUUCUGCAAGUUCACAUAUCAGCCCCAUUCCCACUCUUCUGCUCCUGUAAGGGGCAGUGGGAUUGGAUGAAUCAGCCACUGCCCCCAGUAUAAACUCCGAAAGGAGGUGCACACAUCUUGUUUUCUUAGAUGCAGUCACACUGACACAAGACAAACAGCAUUGUGGCUUGUGUCAUCUUGGCGGCAUCUGUGGGAAUAAGUUGGAUCUUCAAUGCCUCCUAGGCAAGGAAAACCAACCAAGCUGGCAACAUCUUCUCUGUGUCCUCCAGUAUAUGACUUACAAUCAUGGUGGAAUGGAUCGAAGCAAAAAGAUCUGCAAAUUGGUCAAAAGUACUUUGGUGAUAUCACUUUCUGCCAGGGAAAGAACUCUAUGAAACUGAAACUUGGCUGUCUUCAACACUUGGCUAGUAGUGAAGUUUGUAACUUUAAACAUCAGGCCAGAUUUCUGCAGUUGAAAUUAUGCACAGGAAUAGCUGAAUGCUGUAACUGACAUGAACUAUGCCAAUCAUGAAAAUGGGUAGAUGAUUUGCAUAAUUUAUUUUGUUUCUGAUGGUCGGAGGAGCAAAGUGGUAUACUGGACUCUGAAACUGCAUGCCCUGGGCACUGGAAGGUCUAUUUGCGCACUCAGUCUUCAACACCUGAAAACUGAGGCUUGAAAGCAUGUAGUUAAUCUUUCUAAACUUGAACCACCUUUGUUUAAAUAAUUAAAGCUGAAGUGUUCAGGAUUGUAAGAAUCCAGUUGCUGAGUGAACACAAAUUUUCUGGUGCAUCCCCAACCAGCAGGUCCCAUUCGGACCACAAUCUUGGCUCUACAUGUGGGCCAAUUUCCAGAGCAGCCUGAACUAACUUCCUAUUGCUUGUUUCGAAAAGGCAACUCUUCUAGAAGGGCAGCUCCUUCAAUUUAGCAUAUGGCACAACUAAAACUCAAGCUGGAGGCUUUCUAAGCCCACGAGGGUUACUGCGUGCAAGUCAGGCCAUGCAGUACAAAAAGAGGCAGCUUCCUGGGGGAGCUGCUGGUAGAAUGCUCUCAGGUAUUUAAAAAAGGUGGGUUAUUCUACAACCACAGGUAUUAAAAAGGUGGAUUAUUAUAAGCACAUUUGUUCUGGGAGGGAACAGAACAAUAAAAAAGCAACCCUACCCUUCCUUCAGUAAGACGUGUCACUCAGAGGGUGAGCAGCAUUUCACAGGUCUUUGCAGAGUUCCUGAUGGAAUUGGGCUUGGACUAGCCCCGAAGCCUGCCAGUUGAGCAAAUUAAGACGCAUGAGUAGAAUAAAACAGAGCAACAUAAAUGGCAGAAGGACUUGAUCUGCUCCUACAGUUAUUAAGAGUCUCCUCUCCAGCAGGCGCUGCUGGAAAGUACAAUUGGUAGUAAUGCCAAAUCCAUUGGCAUUGCAAUGGCAGUUAAAUCUGCCUCCACUCUGUUUUUAUUAGUCAAGUAUUAUGCAUUUCUAUUUAUUUUAGAAAUCCCAAGAAUGUUAAAUGUAUUUUUCUUCUCACCAAGAGUGUACAGCUUUUAAAACUUGUUCUUAAGUAAGUUAUAAUGAUUAAAAAAACUAAUUAGGAAUUUUGGCAUUUCUUCAAGACUUCACAUGUCUAAUAAAAGAAAUUACACAUACUGAACUGCAAUAUCCAUAUACUUGAAAUCCCUAGUUUUACUCUAUCCCCAACGAACUUUAUACUUUGGCUUGUCAAGUUUAUAUUGUAUAAAAUUUGGUAACUGUGUAACACAAACAGCAAUAAUUAAUCUUCCUGCUGGUGAUGGCCAUGAGCAUAUAUGGCCUUAAAAGGGCAUUGAGACACAUUUGUGGAGAAGAGACCCAUCAAUGGCUAAUAGCCAAAUUGUAUAGAGGGAACCUCCAUAUUCAGGGAUAAUAAACCUCAAACAUGGGUGUUAGGUGCAACAUCAGGGUAGGACUUUGACCUCCCUAAAACAGACCACUAGUCUGAUCCAGCAGGGCUCUUCUGAUGGUCUUAUUCUGAUAAAUUCACCAUGGGGAAAAGUGUGUUAAUACAUACAAAUUUAGAAUUAGAAGUAUACGUGACAAGUAACUAUAUGCAAAUUUCAGCUUCACAACUGGAAAUUCAGAGACUAUAAAUAAUUCCUCAAAGUGUUUGUAAUAAUUGUACCUAACUGCAGUUCAUCUGGAACAUGUUUCAGUCACUUUGAUUUCCGAGAGGUUCAUGAGCUGUUUGGUGCCAGCUCAGCCUGGACUGUUGAGGCAUGGUUCUUCAGCCCAUGAUGGAUUUUAGGGGUCCAUGACUACUUGGUUCUAUUAGAAUGCAAGUUCCCUGAUGCUGCUAGACUUGUCUCAAAUGUUGCAUUGGAUGAUAUGCGAUCUUUAACCUGUUUCAGAAUUCUGGUGCCAGAGUGUUUUACAACUAAUUCGUUGACACCUCCACUCAACUCUCCAGAAGAGUGUUCCAUGGCUUUGAUGAUUCACUGUGGACUCUUUUUAUCUGUGUUACUGAAAAUGACCCCUUUUCAGUAAACCAGUUUCCUCCUGGUGUCCACAGGGAGUGCAUCAAAAUGGUCCAGUUAGUACACUAGGAGGUUCCGGGGUGGGUAACAGGCAAUUGUUUGAACUUUUGCCUUUUGUUGCCAGUUGUAAGCCUAACUACUAAACUCUUUUUAUACAAAAUACUUAAAUUCUUACAUUACAUAUAUAUUUGUAUUUAGUUGGUAUAGUAUUUUUCUAUGCUAUAAAGAUGUUAGAUAAGUGUUUUUCCUGUUGGCAGGUAUUUCUCUGUCAGCAUCAAAUCAACCUUAACACUUUUGCUGUUUGGAGUUAGUCAUCCUUGCCACUCUUUUAAAUAUGUGGAUUUGUGAUAAGUCAGUGAGGGAGUCCAUAUUGUCCUAACUCUAGAAGCAGCAGUAUUGUUUUAGGAGUUUUUUUUCCUUAAAUACAUAUAUAUUAUCCAUGUUGUCUUCCAUAUGAAUAUGACAUUAAUUCAGCUUGAGACAUUAGGCUGGUCCCUUUUUUCCAAUAGCAAAAGAAUUCUUCCUCCUUUUCUUCCCUCCUCCUCACUCUGACCAGUGGCCCAGUGGAAUCUUCCUACUGAUCUCCUCUGGAGAGGCAGACAUGGCUCACCUUUAGCACAGGCCCUUGCACUUUCCCUGACCUUGUUGGCCAUUGGAAAGGGGUAGACAUUUCCUGCAGUCCUGAUUUAUGACAGCAAAAUAACUACCCAACUUAAACAAGCCAAUCUAUAUGCACAUUUGCUACUUUAGCAAUACAUGAUUCUCCAAUGCCAGUACUACCACCAAUCGUGUGCACAACGCAGGAGAAUAUUUCUGCGUCAAUAGUGUAGAUUCAGUAUAAAUGGGAAUGACUUACACUGUACUGAUCUCAAAGCAGCUGGGAAGGGGUGUGGGAGGGGUUUACAACCAGAUUUGCAAAGAUGCAGUGCCACCAAAUCAUGAGACCUUUCAUAUGAGUGCCAGGGCUUAUACACAUGCAGUAGCAGGCUCCCCUUCUUGGUUUUGAUCAGAAGUCCUCUGUGACACAUUACAUCCUGCUGAUUUUUUUAAGAAAAAGGAUGUUGUGCUUAUUAUGGGCUGCUUUUUCUAAAUGCAUAUACAUACAUUUCCAAACAGCUGUGCAAUACGUACAUAAGUAUUGUAUAAAUUAUCAUAGUGGGUUUAAACUGUAACCUUAUCUGACUGAAGCGUAAACUAUUGCCCUAAGUCCAGCAUCCUGACUCUGACAUCUGAUUCCGACGCUUUGGCACUGAUGUGGAAAUGCUGUUAUGAAGCAACCCAGCACAAAAUGGCAGGUGACUUGCUCAGAAGAGGGAUACUGACAGCAGAUAUUCCUUCUUCACUGCUCUUGUACAGCAAAUGCGAGGCAUGAGAGAGGCAGGUGCUAUCACAUUAAUCCUGCAACCACAAGAACACUUUCUUGGGAGUAAGGCCUUAUUAAAUGAAAUUAGACUGACUUCUGAGUAGGCAUAUUUAGGAUUGUUCCCUUAGGCUCCUCAGACUGACAAAAAUGCAGAAGUUAAAAGAAUGGCACAAAAUAUGGCAACCUCUAGAAGCCACCAAAGAGAGGGAUGGGGGCCAAAUAGGCAGGAAACGUAGAGGUAAAAACAAAAGGCGAGAAUAUUCUGGCACUAAACCACACAUAUGCUUUCAGCACUAGCACACUGAUAAGCCAGUGUGUCCUCCCUUGCAGAGUGUUAACCUGAGGUGCUUAAUGGUCUUUUCGUUAUCAGCAUUACUGUGAAGGAUAGCUUAUAAUGCUAAAUAAAAGCCCUUUGCUAAAUAGUGAUUACCCUUUCUGUUAAAUGCAAGGCCAUACCUUUGCAGAAUUUUUUGCAAAGUGUUCCUCUUGCUGACUGUAUUAAAGCAACACUCGAAUUACAGCAGCAGUUGACAAACAGAAUGCUCCAAGCUUUUUGACAUUUCCAUCUUCAGGCAUCUCAGGGACAGGUGGCAUUGUCCACACAUCCAGACAAAUCUCAAAAAAGCAGCCAUUGAUACUGUCUUGAAUUUGCCUAAUCCUUGUAUGUUAGACUAUCACAUCACACCAAUACAGAUAUAAACAAGAUAUUUAAUAAGCUGUAAUAAAAUAAGACUCCUUAAGAGCACACAGGAUAUAUAACAAUUAUAAUGGUGAAAAAGAAAAGUAGAAGGUGAAAGAAAAAAUUGACAUCUUACCCAGGGCUCAUGAUCAAUAACAAGAACAUGGUGUUCCAUUGUUACUCAAGGAAAUAAAAGACAAAAUUUAUGAAGUUGUCACAAAUGUAAUCAUACAGAGAUUUAAUACAAUUUCCACAAUAAAGUAAGUUCAGCUGUCA